GGCUGCCUGAUCCUGGCGGUUUGUUGGCGAAGCUGGAAGCGCGCAACGCAGGAGCUCGCGUGGGCCCCGGCCGCCCGUUAAUGGGGAAGGAGAGCUCGCUUGGGGUCGGCUUUGUGGCCCUCAGCGGGUAGACAACCGCGGCGGCAGCGGCGAUGCUGCCCUGGAGGCGCGAUCGGUUGCAGCCACGCCAGCGCAGGCCAGGCAUGGUGCCGUAGCGGCUGUUGGAGGAACUGCGCCGAGGCGGAGGAGGGAGGAAGGAAGGAAGACGGGAGCCGACGGGCAAAGCAACCAAGGACCCCCUUCUCCAGCCCCGGCUGGGGUGAAGAUCAAUCGCACGGCCAGUCUGCCCCACAUCACAACAAAGAAACAGCAUGGCUGCAAAGGAAAAAUUGGAAGCAAUGUUGAAUGUGGCCUUACGGGUGCCAAGCAUCAUGCUUUUGGAUGUCUUAUACCGAUGGGAUGUCAGUUCCUUCUUCCAACAGAUCCAAAGAAGUAGCCUAAACAACAAUCCCCUCUUCCAGUACAAGUAUUUGGCCUUUAAUAUGCAUUACGUGGGAGCUGUCUUCAUCAGAGAAGCUGAGAAAGAGGAAUUAAUUCCUAGAACUCCCAUGUCCACUUGUCAGGAUCACUCAUUUGGAAGAAACAGUCUUGCUCAUCACUCUAGGUUAUAUCUUAAGUGUUGUGCUCCUAACCUUGCCCAGACAACACCUGGUUCAACUCUAUCUGUAUUUUCUAACUGGACUGCUGCUGUAUGCUGGGCAUCAGAUCUCCAGGUCAGCUGGUGGUCUGUACCCUUUGUUCUUGUGUCAUGAAAACCAAGCAGAUCUGGCUUUUUUCUGCUCACAUGCUCCCUCUGCUGGCCCGGCUCUGCUUAGUUCCUUUGGAAACUAUUGUCAUCAUCAACAAAUUUGCAAUGGUGUUCACUGGCUUAGAAGUCCUCUAUUUCCUGGCGUCGAAUCUUUUGGUGCCAUACAAUUUAGCAAAGUCUGCCUAUAGAGAACUUGUCCAGAUAGUAGAAGUUUAUGGUUUGCUGGCCCUGGGGAUGACUCUAUGGAACCAGCUGGUGGUCCCUGUUCUCUUCAUGGUCUUCUGGCUUCUACUGUUUGCUCUCCAGAUCUACUCCUAUUUCAGCACUCGGGAUCAGCCAGCCUCUAGGGAGAGGCUUCUCUUUCUGUUCCUAACAAGCAUUGCAGAAUGCUGUAGCACUCCUUACUCCUUGCUGGGAUUGGUGUUCACUGUCUCUUUUGUGGCACUUGGCGUUCUAACACUCUGCAAGUUUUACCUGCAAGGCUAUCGGGCAUUCAUGAAUGAUCCAGCGAUGAAUCGGGGGAUGACAGAAGGAGUCACACUUUUGAUCCUGGCUGUGCAGACUGGACUCAUUGAGUUACAAGUGGUGCAUCGGGCCUUCCUGCUCAGUAUUAUUCUCUUCAUUGUGGUGGCAUCCAUCCUGCAGUCCAUGCUGGAGAUCGCAGACCCCAUUGUCUUGGCUCUGGGAGCUUCAAGAGAUAAGAGCCUUUGGAAGCAUUUUCGUGCCGUGAGUCUGUGUUUGUUCUUGCUGGUUUUCCCGGCUUACAUGGCCUACAUGAUCUGUCAGUUUUUCCACAUGGACUUUUGGCUGUUGAUCAUCAUUUCUAGCAGCAUUCUCACUUCUCUCCAGGUCCUGGGGACUCUUUUCAUUUAUGUCUUAUUUAUGGUGGAAGAGUUCAGAAAAGAGCCGGUAGAAAACAUGGAUGAUGUUAUUUACUACGUGAAUGGCACCUAUCGGCUGCUGGAGUUUCUCGUGGCUCUUUGUGUUGUGGCCUAUGGCGUAUCAGAGACUAUCUUUGGAGAAUGGACUGUGAUGGGCUCGAUGAUCAUUUUUAUUCAUUCGUACUAUAAUGUGUGGCUUCGGGCUCAGUUGGGAUGGAAAAGCUUUCUUCUCCGCAGAGAUGCUGUCAAUAAGAUCAAAUCGCUGCCCACUGCCACCAAAGACCAGUUGGAACAGCAUAACGAUAUCUGUGCCAUCUGCUAUCAGGACAUGAAAUCAGCUAUCAUCACACCCUGCGGUCAUUUUUUUCAUGCGGGCUGCCUUAAGAAAUGGCUGUAUGUGCAAGAAACCUGUCCCUUGUGCCAUUGCCAACUUAAAAACACAACUCAGCCCCCUGGGCUUGGACCAGAGCCAGUGCCACAAGUAAAUCUUGGAGCAGAGCAACAUACUGUUCAGCAAGAAGCUACUGGAGCCCCCAAUAUUCAACACCAGGAAGGGAAUGGAGUUGAGCCUGUGGGCGAUGGACAAGCUGUCAUAGGGCAGGACUCUGUUGAUGUCAAGGAAGAUUACAACACUUUGGACAAUGCAUCUUCCAGUGAAGCCAGUCAGGUAACAACUGCCUCGGAAGGAUUGGCUGAAGAACAGGAAGAGGUGAUAACACAAGAUCUAAGAGGAGGCAUCCAGAAUUGAACUAGCAAAGACUGGUGCAAAAAUACCUAUUCCAGGGCUCAGCAGACGGAGUCUUCUCCUUUUUCUUGUUGUGAGCAAGUGUAAUUCUCAGAAUGCUGGCCAAAAUGUAUUUAUAAUAUCCCAUGCUGAUUUCUGUGAGCUGCUUGGUUUACGGGGCUGCCAGAGCGUUCCACUGGAAACUGCUUUCAGAAUCUGCCUCUGUAUUACAAAAAGGCAGAAUCUGGGAAUCUGAGUUGAAUGUUUGGGGCUGAGAAUCUCAAGGGAAGGAACACAAGAAGAGGGUGAAGAGAGACAGACAGACAGUCAGACACAGAGACAGAGAGACUAGUGAAACAAAAGUCAGUAUUGCUCGUAUUGAAAUGAGAAAAUUAAACAGAAGGACAAAAGUAGUAUGUAUGUCUCCUUGGCCUCAUCAUUUUGCAGCGAAUGGAGAUUGGUUAAGAAUACUGACCAAAAUCAUGUAGAGGCCUGGAGUUCAACCAAUGCCAAUAUGGAGGACUGUGUUGGGCUAGAGCAGUGCUCCAGUAUGUGGGGGGUAAUGCUUUGGGCAUGUCAGAUAGGGCAUUUACAUUCAUGUAAUCUAUAGCAAUCUUGAUUUUUUUUUAUGCUGGAGUAUUCAACACUUAAAUGUUUAGUCUUUUUUUCAUUAAAAAAGACAUUUUGGACAGUACAGGCAGUAUGAAGUAAAUUAAAACUCCAGUGACCUCUCUCUCAACUCCACCAGUGAGUUCAGGAGAGUGACGUGAGGAGUUUUAGACUGCGGAUUGAAGCCUUCUCAGUGCUGUUCAGUUAUACACACACACACAUAUACAUACAUACAUACAUACAUACAUACAUACACACACACACACAUACACACACAUAUAUAUGUAUAUACACUUAUAUAAUUUCUUGCAGCUGAAGUAAAGCAGUAUUAAUCUACUGGCAAUAUUUGCACCUUUGGGAAUGAGUACAUAAAUUGUAUGAUCAAAUGCCGCAAAUGCCAAUCCUAAGGCUCUUAAUAGGAUCUUCGCCUAUUUCUCCCUUCCCUUUCUCCCUUGACAAGAUUGUGUGUGUAUUUAAAUUUUUACAUUCAUCAUGGCUUUUUAGGUAGAAGUGGGGGUGGGAUGGGAGCUGGCAAUUUUUUAAUGUGAAUUUUGAUAUGAAAAGGAACGAGUCACUUAUUUAUACAUUAGGCUUGGCACUCAAAAAGUGUGGAUCUUUUUUGGUUUUUGUUUUGUGAAUCGUAGACACUUUAUUUUUAGUAGCAAACUUGUGUGUAGACUGACAGACAUAAUAACUGUAUGUCCUAAUAAACAUUUGAAUUUUUUUUU